AAGCUACGUUACAACAUUCAGUGCGCAGGCGCUGUGAAGAAGUUACUUCAUGUGUUCUACGUCGUGAGCGGUGGAGGUCACAGACAUCUGAACAAAUUGAGGUUGCUGUCAUGGCCAAAUUAUUUGAGUCUCUUGGAAAGUUGGGGCUCGCGCUUGCCAUCGGUGGAAGUGUUGUGAACUCUGCCCUCUUUAAUGUUGAUGCAGGGCACCGGGCGGUAAUAUUUGACAGGUUCCGAGGUGUUCAAGAUGCAGUUGUUGGUGAAGGAACCCACUUUCUCAUUCCCUGGGUUCAGAAACCCAUCAUCUUUGAUUGCCGCUCCCGUCCACGCAAUGUGCCUGUCAUCACAGGCAGCAAAGAUCUGCAGAAUGUAAACAUCACACUGCGUAUCCUCUUCCGGCCGGUGACGGGUCAGCUGCCACGCAUCUUCACCAGUAUUGGUGAGGAUUAUGAUGAGAGGGUGCUACCGUCCAUCACCACUGAGGUCUUAAAGGCUGUAGUGGCUAGGUUUGAUGCCGGCGAGCUCAUCACUCAGAGAGAGCUCGUGUCUCGGCAGGUUAGUGAGGACCUUACAGAAAGAGCCUCCACCUUUGGCCUCAUCUUGGACGAUGUUUCACUGACACACCUGACCUUUGGCAAGGAGUUCACAGAAGCUGUUGAGAUGAAACAGGUGGCCCAACAGGAGGCCGAGAGGGCCCGUUUCGUUGUAGAAAAGGCAGAGCAACAGAAGCAGGCUGCCAUCAUCUCGGCAGAGGGAGAUUCUCAGGCUGCCUUGCUCAUUGCCAACUCUCUGAUGGAGGCUGGUGAUGGUUUGGUAGAGCUACGUAAGCUGGAGGCAGCUGAGGACAUUGCCUUCCAGCUAUCACGCUCCCGCAAUGUCACUUACCUGCCCUCUGGCCAGGGCACACUGCUCCAGCUGCCACAGUGAUAACAUCCCACUCCAUGUCUAUCCCACUUUUUGCUGUCACCAGCUGUAACUUGGGCCAUGGACAGGGUGUGUUUGGAAGAUUCAAUAGAGGGUUCUCCUAUCUUCACACACAUUCCUCACACUCUUUCUCUAACCACCACUGAACUGGGUACUGCUGAUGGCAGCAUGGUGGGAGAUAGAGUGAGAGGUUUGUGAUGGAUACAUUUAUGAAGCCCAACCUUGUCUAUGAAAGUGAAGGGUAAAUUGUCCAUUUAUGGCUUAUUGUCAGGGCACUGAAUUUGCAUAAUUUCUGAGCUUGAGCUCUGCAUGUGUGAAAAGCACAUUCAUUUAAAUACAGUAACACAAGAGACAGAAGAACAGAAAUGGUUCAUU